AAGAGCUUUUCUGUGCCAGUUCAGGUUUUUUGCAGGUUUGCUACUGGCUGGGAUAGAGCCUGGCUAAAGGAUCAGAAUGUGUUGUUGAGCAAUUGCUUCCUUUCCUUUUCUUCACAUACUACCGAGAGAAAAGAAAGAAAAAUAUGAGGAUGAGGAGUCUGACUGCUGCUUUUUGUUUUAGUCCUUUGCUUCCCCCACUGAGUUUUUCUUUGCCUGGGCUAUACACGUACUUCCACACUUCUAAUGUGGAUACUUAGAAAUCAGGUGCAGGACUUGAGAAAAUAAAUAUUUGCUAAAUGAAUGUGUUGAUGAUUUUUCAAAUAGGGAUGCAACCUCCUAAGAGCUCCUGGUUGGUAAAUGUGGCUUUCCAGCUAUUUGACACUCUUGUGCUCUUAGCUCUGGUCUCGUGCUAUCAGUUCUCUCUCGAAAUGUGCUGACUCUGAAUACCAAGCCAAGCUGCAUUAUUUAUGUGGAACUUGGCAGAAGCAUUGUGGCACACGCUCAUCAACAGUAUAGCUCUUAGAAUUGGUGUAUGGUAACUUGGGUAAUGUUUUGUUUUUGUUGUUUUCCCCUGCAACUUGUGACAUGAUCCAAUAGCUUUGACUGAUUGUGACAUGAUCCAGUAGCUUUGUCUGUCUUAUUGUCUUUGCAGGGAAAAUUCACUCUAUUAACCUGUUUUGAGCAUUCCUGUUCUCUUCUUGGGGCAUACUAGAAUCUAAGUGAGAACUAAAGCAAUGAAAGAGAGGCAUCCUUCCCAACUGGUAAUCAGCAAAGCUUGAUACAACCCAGAAAUGGCAUCAGAUGACAUUACUAAACUGGCAGAGUCCCUUGCUCAAACACAAGUGGGCGGAGGGCAACUUAGCUUCAAAGGAAAGAGUAUGAAGCUCAAUACUGCAGAAGAUGCUGAAGAGGUGAUUAAAGAGAUUGAGGAGUUUGAUGGCCUGGAAGCACUCCGUCUAGAAGGCAACACUGUAGGGGUGGAAGCAGCAAAAGUCAUUGCCAAGGCUCUGGAAAAGAAAUCCCAGCUCAAGAGGUGUCAUUGGAGUGAUAUGUUCACUGGGAGACUGAGGUCUGAGAUUCCGCCUGCUCUGAUCUCUCUUGGAGAAGCCCUCAUUUCUGCUGGCUGCCAGCUUAUUGAGCUGGAUCUCAGUGACAAUGCCUUUGGUCCCGAUGGCGUGCGUGCAUUUGAGGCAUUGUUGAAGAGCCCUACCUGUUUCACCCUGCAGGAGCUCAAGUUAAACAAUUGUGGCAUGGGCAUUGGUGGUGGCAAGAUCUUGGCUGGAGCUCUGAAAGAGUGUCACAGAAAGUCAAGUACUCAAGGGAAGCCUUUGGCUUUGAAAGUGUUCAUGGCUGGCAGGAAUCGCCUGGAAAAUGAUGGUGCAACUGCUCUUGCUGAGGCAUUCAGUGUUAUUGGGACUUUGGAAGAAGUUCACAUGCCUCAGAAUGGCAUCAACCAUCCAGGAAUCACAGCCUUGGCUCAGGCUUUUGGUGUCAAUCCAUUGCUGAGAGUUAUCAACUUGAAUGAUAACACUUUCACAGAGAAGGGGGCUGUGGCCAUGGCAGAGACCCUAAAGAAGCUCCGACAAAUAGAAGUGAUCAACUUUGGGGACUGCCUGGUUCGUUCAAAGGGUGCUGUUGCAAUUGCGGAAGCUGUGAACGAAGGACUUCAUAAGCUUAAGGAACUCAACCUGUCCUUCUGUGAAAUCAAGCGAGAUGCUGCUUUGAUCAUUGCUGAAGCUACUGAGGACAAGUCAGAACUGGAGAAGCUGGAUCUCAAUGGCAACUGCUUUGGGGAGGAAGGCUGUGAACAACUUCAGGAGAUUCUUGAAGGUUUCAACAUGGCAGAGGUGCUUGGAUCCUUGAGUGAUGAUGAAGGAGAAGAUGAGGAUGAUGAUGAAGAUGAGGAGGAAGAUGAAGAUGAAGAGGAGGAUGAGGAGGAGGAGGAGGAGGAAGAGGAGGAGGAAGAGCCACCUCAAGUUCAGGAGAGGGGCCAAGGAGAACAAGAAUCACUGACUCCUAAAAAAAUUUUAGAGGCCCAUGAUUCUCCUCCAGUGUCUUCUCCCCUUCUUCCUCCUGUGGAUGUUGGCACUUUUCUAGCUUUCCCAUCUCCAGAGAAACUGUUGCGAUUGGGCCCCAAAUGCUCAACCUUGAUAGCUCAGCAGACAGACACAUCUGACAUAGAAAAGCUUGUCACAGUUUUUCUGAAGAUCUCUUCUGUAUUCAAAGAUGAGGCAACAGUAAAAACAGCAGUGAAUGAAACAACAGAUGCUUUGAUGAGGGAAGCAUUUUCAUCUGCUACCUUCAAUUCUGAUGCUUUCAUUACCAGCCUUCUGAUUCACAUGGGAUUACUCAAGAGUGAAGAGAAGAUCAAGGCUGUUCCUAGUCUUUAUGGCCCUCUGAUGACUCUGAACCAUAUGGUCCAGCAGGAUUAUUUUCCUAAGUCUCUCGUCCCGGUUCUCUUGGCCUUUGUCACAAAGCCCAACUGUGCUUUGGAUUCAUGUUCAUUUGCCCGCCACUUGCUGUUACAAACACUCCACCAGCUGUAAGACAGAACCAGCUGUGCACCUUCCCAUGAUAGGACUGCCAUCAGUGCUCUGAGGUGGAUAGCAGACAAAGACAUCAAGACUUUGGGAUGACACAUUCUGCCUGUCUUGUCAUACCAGGAUAUCUUGGCUGCCUUCUGCUAUAACAAACUUUGAGGAACUCUGCCGUGUGCUUUUAUUUUUAUUUUUUUGGUUCACUGUUCUUGGGUGGGUUGUGUUUAACUUCCAUGUUUCCAAAGUGGACUCUACAUUCCCCAUGUUUUCUUACUUUGGGGGAGGAUGUAUUUCUUUGAGGUUCUCUUGUAUUUUAGACAGCUGGGACUAAAUUCAGUUGUUGUCAGGACUUAGGACUCACCUAAUAUCUCGUGCUGUCAUUUGUUAAAGGACCACCUGUCUUAGGAUAGCAUUCAAAUGCUCCAUCUAAGUUUAUUUUGGCAUUAUGCUUUGGACUUGGUUUUCCCCCUCCAUUUGUAGACAAGCACCAGAUUAUCAAGCAGUGUCAGUCUUUUGGCUAUUUCCAAGCAUUUUGUGAUGUGGCAAGUGUAGGGGGUGCAGUUGGGACAUUUCAUUGCCUGCUUUCUUCACAUGUGUGAUCCUUCUUCACUACACACUGAUGUUCUCCACUAACAAGACUGAUUCUGGCGGCCUGCUUGAGACUAUAGUGGUAUACAUAAAUAUGUGCCCAAUUAAAAUAGGUUCAGUUCAGAAUAAGCAUAAUCAAUUCUGACUUCCCUUGGAAUCUUUUUCUAUUUAUUAUUUCUCUUUCUACUACCACUCCAGGUGGGAGAAUUAUUGGUUAUGAAAUAGAAGAUUCUAUCAACUCAUCUGUUGGGUGAGGGUCCCAUAUAUGGAAAUGUGCUCAUUGAGCAGAUGUGAAAUGGACAAUAAGCAGAGUCCUAUAUUCAGUUCUAAUAAUGACCAUUUUCUACCUUUUUUUUUAGCUUUUACACUUGCAGUUAUUUUCCAUGUCAGUAUUUAAAGUUUGUAGUACUACUACACUUGAUUAUGUUUUAUGCCCUCAGCAGAAUGAAGAGUGGAGCAUAUUGCAAAUUAGUUUCUCUUCUCACAGAUUUUCUCCAGUCUAAGCAAAAGGGCUUUUUUUAUUCAAUAGGAAAAAACAGAUUUUAGGAUAAUCUCCAGGUAAUUCCUCUGCAAAGGAAGGAAAUAAAGGACAAGUCAUUCAUUUAAAUGGGACUUGCACAGCAGUCAUUCCUAGUGGAUUGCUUAAAGAGGACGACUAGGGGAGUAAGAAUAUUUUACUUCCCUACAAAAAUGGUGCUCAACAGUUUAUCUCCUUCCUAAAUGAAUUGCCUUCAUUUAGGAAGUAGCCUCUUCUUUCAAUUGCUGCUUUAAUCAACUAUGAAUGGAAAUGUUAAACUGCAUACUUUAACUGCUAGCUAAAUGCUGUAGUUGAUAAACAUAGUUUGUUUUUCUUCAGUGAAGUAAUGCUCUUUGUCACGUUUGUGUUCAAGAAAAUGGGAUUCAACUCAGCAAACUAUCCAUGAAUUACCUAGCUGACACGUCACAGUAAGAAAAUCCUUCCAUUUUCUAUAAACUGCCUCUGAUCAACCCAGUUGAUUAACCAAUUGCAGCAGCUAAUCAUGGCUUAUUUUUGGGUAAGUGCUAGGUUGAGUUAAAAAACUCAACAGCCUGGGUUUGCAUAGCCUAUUUACAACCUCAGGUCAAUUGGAGGCACUUUACUGAAAUGGAAGCUGUUUGUGGACAAUGCAUGUUAAUUAACCCAUGACUUACCACUAUGAUGUAUAUACAGGAACAGUGGAACAAUUCUAGUAGUGUUUGGUGUGUUCACAAAUUUAUGGAAAGAGCAAUCUAUGGGAUUUGGUAGCCCAGGCUUAUACAAAAUUUACAUUCCAACUCUUCAAAAACUGUCAGUUUACAAAAAUAACCACUAUUAUCCUGCAGUUAUCCCUUGUCAAAAUGGUCUCUAGAUUUCUGCAGUGUUUCAAAAUGCUCAACAUCUUUUUGGGGCAAACAGAAGGAGUAUGGGAAUGCUAAGGUAUCACUUCUGUAUUUCUUUCAGCUCUGAAAAGCUAUUUGCAGCCUUAGAAUAGCAAACUCUAGGUAUUACUCUCACUUUUCAUAACUGAAGAAAUGUAGCUGGGGGCUGCCAAUUUGAUCAUCACUUGUUGUUUUUCACCUGGCCUGUGGGGAACAGUUUUUCUUAAAGUGGGAACAAUAUUAUAGUUUUCCCCUUACAAAUGGGAAAAUAACUGGAAUAUAACACUGAAGGUAAAAAUAGUCUACAGUUAAAAUGUUUCCCCUUCCCUCAUACCAUUGUUAUGCUAACACUCACAGCCCCUCAGCUGCAUUUCAUUAAAAAAACCCUGAGAAACAGAUUGUGAAUCUGCAAUGCAAUGUUUAAGCCAGCUCCAAAUAUGUGAGGUAUUCAAAGCACACAUGACCUGCAGGUUUACUCCAGAUGGCAGAAGGCAAAUUUGGACUGGAAAAAUUGAACUGAAAAAAUGGAACCAUAUGGUGUUAUUUAUCAAUACAGCAGUCAUGUCAUAAACUAUAGGUGAUGAAUUCUGUCACAAAUGGGAUUUGAUUACACUAUAUGGGCAAUUGGCUCUAUCAUGGAGUGAUUCUAUGGCCUUUAGCCAGCAUCAGGAAGAGUUAGUGUACUUUUUGGACUUCCACAUCCAAGGUCAGCAACCUUAGAGCUGAGAACCAGUAUUCCAUUGCUCUCCUUGCAGCAAUGCAGAAAGAUCUGCAUUAGCAGAAAAGCUACCCUGAAAUGGGAUAUUUCAGGGGGUGGGAAGGGAAAAAACCAUUGAGGCCAACAUUCAAAACAUUCUGAAGGUGCUCUGGCCUCCUUCCUUCCCCCUCUGAGACAUUCCGGUUAGACAAAAAUCUCUCACCUAGGCAAUUUUUUGAGCAUUGCCUCUGCUGCUUCUCCCACUCAGCACUGGAUGCCCAUAAGCCUCCCAGUUUGGCAUUUAAACUGCCCUUUAUCCUGGUAGGGUUGCUUCUGAAAGAUGGCAGAUGAGAGGGCUUAGUCCUGGCUAGUCCAGCUGCAGCUGUGAUGGCAUCUCUGCCUGUUUGUCCUCCUCUAACCUGCAACAUUGUAUUUUGACAAUUACUGACAUAACACAGAUGGAAUUCCUUUCAGGCAUAUCUAAGCUUGAUGCAAACAUGAGUAUAUAAGUAAAAUUUUCUUCACUGUAUUGUAAAAAAGGAAUAACAGUUAUUUUUGUUUCUUUGAGUAAAUCUUUAUAAAAAGA